GAAAAUCGGCUAAAACGGUCACAACAUGUGUCAUUUUGUAAUAUCCCAAAACAAUGCAAGAACUUGUGGCGAGUCUAUGCUUUAAAACCCCCGACCUUGUUCACUGGUAAUCUGGUAGCCCUUUCCGCGGUGACGUGUACCGUUUAGCAAUGCAGGAGUGAUGACGGUUACCAGCCAUACAUGUCUGAUGUGUACGUGUUCUAGUGGAAAACAUGGGAAUUCGAGAAUAGGCGUGACGGAUUUUUGCAGGCUCAAAACCUUCCAAUCUGAGCACGAAACGGCCAUUGCAAACGUCAUGCAGUUUUCCUGAUCAUGUAGCUCCCGUUUUCCAGUGUAGUCUCGGUUGUUCGUCAGAGUCAGUGUGGCCAUGCCUCGGAUUGGGAAGAGGGGUUUCAAGCCCAUGUCGGCCAGAGGCUAUGCAUCGGCAGGCAUCCAGCAUCGCAUAUACAUCAAGAAGGAAGACGUACCUCGCUGGAAUGUCAUCCGGGAGAAGUCCGGAUACACCAAGAGCCCUGACUUCAUCCACUGGCUGAUUGAAAUUGCUGAACAACAUCUCAGAAUCAACUCUUCAGAUUAUCAAGCUGAGGGCAAUGCAGGAGAAGAUUCCCACACCAGUGACGAGUCCGAAGAAAGUGACGAUGACGACGACGAUGACGACGAUGGUGACAUUGAGGAUGACAAUGACGAUGACACAGAACAGCAAAGCAAGGAAGUCCCAAGGCACACCACAACAAAAUCAACAUCAUCAUCAUCAUCACGCCCCGACAGUCACGCCCAGGUGAUCACCAUCAAAGGGGAGGAGCUAUCACGGAAUGAGGGUGGGGAGGCGGUGAGAGGUCGCAGCAGGAAACUGGAGUCUCCAAAGGUAGCCAUCAAGGAUGUUGCUCCCAUCAUAUGCUUUGAUCUAGACGCACCCCGCCAGCUACGACCACGACUCAAGCUGAAGUUGAAACCACUCAAAAUAGAGCCACCUGUGGUGAAGCAGAAACGGGGUCGGAGGAAAUCACAGACAAGGUCACCAAAGAAACCAACCAUGAAGGAAAAGUCAGCUGGCUACUCCUGCAAGAAAUGCUGUCGUAUCUUUGCAGACCGCCAGGCCCUACGCAGUCAUCAAGCGGUCCACGCUGUAGACAACCUGACAUGUCGCGACUGCCAGAUGACGUUCAACUCCAAGUCUGCCAUGUGGGUUCACCGGAAAGUCCAACACAGCAACAAGACUUUAGCUUGCGAACAUUGCGACAUGACGUUCCCCCGCAAGUAUCAGUUGAAGGAGCACAUGCGGGGCCACAAGGGCAUCAAACCCUUCGCCUGCCCGACGUGUAAUAAGAAGUUCCGCACCACAGCCCAUCUGACUUCUCACAUGGACCUCCACAGCAACUUCCGGCGCUACUUGUGCGAUCUCUGCGGGCUGACAUUCCACCGGCGCGACCUGCUGUCGCGUCACAUCAUCAAACACUCUCAACCAAAGACCUACUCCUGUGAGGAGUGCGGUAAGGUGUUUGCCUACAAGGUGACGCUACAGGAUCACCUAAUCCGCCAUCAGAACGUCAAGGCCGGUAAGACACCUUACAAGUGUCAAACCUGUUUUAAGGAGUUCUUCACCCCUAAAUCCUAUCAGCACCACAUGGGGCGUCACCGGGGCGAGAAGGUGUUCUCCUGCAACCAGUGCGACAAGAAGUUCAAGCAGAAGUUCUACCUGGACCGCCACAAGAUCAUCCACCAGGAGGAGAAGCCGUACACGUGCAGCAACUGCGGCCGCGGCUUCACUCAGCACUCCAACAUGGCCAUUCACAUGAGGACGCACACUGGUGAAAAGCCCUACCAGUGUGACCUGUGCGAGAAGGCUUUCGCUCACAACGUCAGCCUGAAGACGCACAAGAAGACCGCUCACGGCAUCGACAUGUGGCAGAACGACAAGACCAAACCCGUCGUGGCCCUGGGACGUCCCAAAGGAGAGCCCAAGAAGAAACCCCCAGCAAAGAUCCGCUUGAAAUCCCGGGCAGCUGCUGCUGAGAUGCAGAUACAGUCUGAUCUCUACCAGGCGGCUGUGGAGUUUGCCCGUGAGAGACUAGCACCCCUUGCAUUCCCUACAGUCCCACAGAUUCCAGCGAUUCAUAGUUCCCCUGUGGAGCAGAUACCAGCGGUUCAUAGUCCAUCAGAGAGCGAGGAUGAAACGCCAAGUCCUGGCAGCUCAACCGAUGCUCAUAAUACACCCCCUAAUAUCAAAACAGUCCUAGAUCACCACCCAACACAUAACCACCACGAGCACCAACAAGCCCACGAAAGACGCCCUUCCCAUGACCAUCAGCCAGUUCAAGACCGUCGUUCAUCACAUGACCACCGACCAUCACAUGACCACCAUUCAUCUCAUGAUCACCACUUGGCCAACGACGGCCACCACCAACUUCAAGAUAGCCACGCAACAUCAGAGCAAAAACCACUCCAUGAGCAGCUUCUGACUUGCAGACGAGAACCCCCUCAUGAGAUGCAUUCUCAUGACAACCACCAAGAUUUCAGCCAUCCGCAGACCACCAACCCCGAAAUUAUAAAGCAAAUUCUUCCCUUGACCCAACAAUACCAUGAGCGAAGCCAAGAACUGAAUGAACAUCUAUCAAGAGGACCACAGCAGUUCCACAAACAUGAUCACCCUACACGUGAAGUGCGUGAACAACUAACCCCAAUUCCACAGGCAUACACCGAACCAUCCCACGACGUUCGGGAACAGAUGACCCCCAUCCCACAGUCAUAUCAAGAACAGACCCACGAAGUUCGUGAACAGUUGACUCCCAUUUCGCAAGCGUUCCCCGAGCACUCCUCCUUGGAGCAGCACCAAGCCAGCCGCUCCCAAACCCCAAAUUCAUCGAUAACCAGCAGCAUCGACCAACCCUACACCCACAUCCUCCACAACCAAGCAAUGCACUCCCCCGGCGAGCACCCGCUGAGAUUGGACAAGCCCAGUUCCCCGUUUGGCCCACUUCUGCACUCCCCUAACGCCCACUCCGAUUACUCUUCCAGACAUGAGAAGGUUGAGCAGUGGCACCAGCGCAACUCGGAGGCCCUAUCCUGGAUGUCCAGGGGGGUAUCCCACGCCCAGCUUAUGCAAGGCUUGAGGGCGGUCACACCCACUAUGAUGCACCCGGUCUCCCAGGCCUUGGGUAUGUUGAACCCACAAACCCAAGAGCAUGUGAACCUCGUUGGGAGUUACGCCCAUUCAGCUUACAUCCAGAGGAGCAACUCAUCUGGUUCUCAGCCUAUGCAGCCACCAUCCUGGCGAAGCUAAGUUUAAUUCCACUAUGUACUAAAAGUACCCAAAAAAAUAGGCAUCUGAUGUCUUGCAACAUAAGAAAAAUAGCUUUGAGAUAUAGGUCUGGGUGUGCAUGUCAAACAUGAUUUCCAAUUGAAAAGUUGAGAGAAUUCACCACCAACUUUCGGAAAAUUUACCAAAUUUUAGAAUGGCAUGCGCAAAUGAAACAUUCAGACUAUGAAUACCAGCCUUAUAUUUUAAAGGUGUCUUCCAUUUAAAGCCUAAAAGGUAUGUGCAUUUAAACAUUGCAUUUUUUCCCUUUCACAAUGCAUUUUCUAAGUUGAAAGAAAGUUUUAUUGCAGGCGUAGUGACGUUCAACGUGUGAGCUGGUUCAAGAGGAAGACAGUGUAAAAGAAACUAUUGGCUGUUGAGCUGAAAGCAAAGCUUCAAGUUCGACCUUUGACCUAUGGUGGAGAGGCUUCAAUGUCAACGCUGCUCGUCUUUAAAGACGUUUUGACAGUGGUACAUAAGAUAGUUCGUAUAGCAAGAAAUACGAAAUGUGUAUAGCAAAGGAAUGUAAAAAAAAAAACGAAUUCAAACUUGUAUUGUAACUGCCGUGAGACUCGUGAUCAGAAAGUAGGCGUGGAGUGAAAUGUAUUAACUUGGACCAUACCAAAGGUCCGUUUGUGCUAGUAAAUUUUUAAAAAUAUUAAUUAUUAAAAACGUUUAGAGGGAAUGUUUGUCUGAAUCAAAUUCAGAUGGAUUCCUGCUGAUUGUAGUUAAUGCUUGUUGAUGGUUGCACUGAAUGGUGAAAUGUAACCUGCUCGCACACAAAAAACGAGAAAUUGACACCAAAACUAUUUGCGACAACGUGCAGCUCUUUUGAGAGUUACAAUUUUCUUAAAACUCUUGAAUGUUUUAAAAUGUAUCCAACUUUUCACACACCAGUUAUUGUCAUAGUAAGAUACUUUUUUCAUCUCGAUCCGAUUUUAAAAUCUGUUAAAAUGGGAUAUUUUUAUGCUCUGUUUUUGGAGCAGGUUGCAAAUGCAUGUAUUCGUCUUCAGAAGUGGUGACUUUUAGCCAUAUGUGUAUGAAAAACAAAAUUUGGAGACAAAAUCUGUACAUUGCAUAAAAUAUACAUGUACAUGCUCGUACCAGGGAUGUUACGCUUGUACAUUUUUGUACCGACAUGUAUGUAGAUUUUAUCGAAUUUUGAUUGAGGGAUAGAAACAUGUUUGCAGAUGUUUAGUCAAGAUGGCUUCUGUGGAUACGCGUUAUGUGACGUCGCAGAUUCUGUCAUUUGACAUCACAGCGAUUAGGUCAUUGGACAUAGUGAUUGAGUCACGUGACUUCACAGUGAUUGAGUCACGUGACUUCAUAGUGAUUGAGUCAUGUGACGUUACAGUGAUUCUUUCAUUGUAGCUCUGAUCAUAUAUAAGUGAUGGCACAGAAGUAGGCAAUAGCAUUAACUAGAAUUUAGCAAAACCUUUUCAUUUAUUUUUUUUAUUCUUAAAAUUUGGGUCUAACCCUAACCAACAGUUAACCAAAGUUUUAUUCAUGUUUGACAUGAAUUAAAUAUUAUGUAUUAUGUGCAUGUAUGACUGUAGUGCACUCUAAACUUAUAUUCUUUGCUUGUAAAAUAUGCAAAAAAGACGAUUAACGGAAUGUUCCAGAAGUGUGAUUUCCAUUUUUCAAAUUGUUGUAGUCACAAGAUUAAUUGUUGAUGUGACGAAGUCGGCAACAUUAUUGAGGUUAAACUUGUCUUGGUGAUUGGAGAACAAAUCUAAUGGUACAAUGUAGUUCUGUGGAUGUGUCUGACGUAAGUAAAUAGAAAUUCGGAGAUUGUCGUACAAUGUCUUGCUUGGGUCCUUGCUCUAUGCUUGAAGACACAAGCCUGACAUUCUUAAGGCACUUCAGUUAGAUCAAGGGUACAACAUGCUUGCCAUAGGAAGUAACUGUGUUGGGAUGGAACGUAUGUAGAGAUGUUA